AUGCCCCUGCAUCGGCUUAAAAUGUGGUGUGAUGAGUAUUUCCACCCCAUAAUGCUCAAACAACUCAGGUUUGCGUGUACAACUCAGUCACAGCACUGGUCAGCCCUGCUACAACCCCAACCCAAACCUGCCUACAACAACGAUUUCACCGUUAUAGAUGUUCAUGGGAUCCAUGAAGCAACAUCCACUGACCCAAGAACAGCUGCCACAUUUACAGUUCUUGAACACUUCCACCUGCUAUCAUUCGAGUCCAAAGUAUCUGCUUUCGAGUUUUACCACUGCAUUGCGCGUCGGAGUGAUAACACAGGUGUCAACCCUAUCAAGGAUUGUUAUUCUAUCUUUUUGAGAAUAAUGGCAGAGUGGCAGCAACAUCAAAGCACUCAAACACCUGGAGUUGAUGCCACUCAAGAAGGAGAACUCAUUGUUCUCUGUCCUGCAUGCCCCCACCCUGGCAAGAACUUGGCUGAGACAUUAACUGAUGUCACACCAGGAAACCAGGUAAGUUUUCAUCAUCUCCUUGUUUCAGCCAUAUGGAUCUACUCCUUAUUUUUAGCUAUUGAUGCCAACUUUCGUCUGAAACGCUGGGGAUACUUUGUCGAAGAAAGGAACUAUAAGGCGUAUCUUCAAGAAAACGGAACUCUGACACAAGAGAAAAGUACCUGUGUCAGUCAUAAUGCAGUCAACAUGGCAGAUAUGAAAGCCUCAAAGGGACUUGCAGCGACGGCCAAUGGUGUUGGUGAUCUGCAGAAAGGUGAAAAAUACUUGAAUAUGGACUAUAUUGUCUUCUCCGUGUUGUCACACUUUUUGUCGAUCCCAGCCAUCAAUUUUUCUUAUGAUAUCACAUGCCAGUGGCACAAAAAGCUUUGGCAUCGAGUGUCAGCAGUCUCUUCCCUUACUGACUUCAUCCCAACAUGCAGUCAACAAUACAGGUUUUUCAUUCCGAAGUUCCAUCUUGCGGCACACAUUGCAGCUUGUCAGACUGAAUUCUCGUUCAACUGGUCCCCUCAUGUUGGAAGAACGGACGGAGAAGCACCUGGAGCUGGGGCUGGGCUGACAUCAAUCGUUCGGGAUAUCUUGGACGACCACUUCGGUGACUGGAACUGGAAGAAAGUAACAGCGCUUGGUCGAACUCUUCUGCAUAAAAUCAAAGAUGCCGUCGACACCGAACGAGACCAUCACCAUGCCUUGGCGGACUUAGAGGGAUCCAUCAAAGAGUCAGGACUUAGGUGCUGCGUCACUUGCAGCUUGGACGAAGGAGAUUGUUGCUUGGGAGAACGAUCACACCAAAGCCAAACCCCUUCAACAGUCAAAGCUGAGGUAAGUCCAGAAUUUUUGCAAUAUGAUUAUUAUCUGAUCGGAAUACCAGAAGUGACACAGGCUGCUGUUCGUCUAGCACUCGUUCAACAAGACGUGAAGGAUCUGGAAGAGGGAACAUCAAUUUCGCUCCAUUCUGAGGUGACACCCAGUAUUCUUAUCAGCACGGGCUUAGACCUUGAAGAUGCGCAACGACGUUUACGAGUAGAUAGCGCGAACCUCACUCAACAUUCGACAAAUGAUCAGCGGACCAAGAUUCUUACGCGUAGCAACAGCCUCCAGCGCUGCAUCGAUUCGUGGAUUAUGGUCCAAGUCCUAUACAUGCCUUUCAUUUCUCACAUACGUGCAACCACCAGUGGCUGUCCAAAAGCAAAACCGGAUUCUAUCAAGCCCGAGGAUAUCCUACUCCUCCUUCCAUCCGACAUCUGUAAUCGUAUGGCAUGCGAUACAAAGCUGCUCCAGGUUGAGUGGUCGUUACACUUGGCACAGGCUAAUGACGCACUCAAUGAAUGUCAUUCUCACGUCCACCUCCACCACCAACUUCUACGCUUCAAGGCACAACAUAUACGUGGACAAGGCGCCAACACCCGCGCACAAAAAUCCAUUCAAGCCGUCGAAUGUAGGCUCAUCCUUAGUCAUGAGAAAUAUUCACGCGCCCGGCAAGCUCUCGUUCAUCUAUCAGCACAUCUAGGGUACCUGGGCUGGGAGCAUAAGUUGCAGCCAUUGAGGAAGUCCGAUCUUCGGCCAAUGGGGGAUCUCGGAGGGCGUACUCAGGGUACUGCAAUCAUGCCCUGGAUCUGGCUUACACAUGGGAUUUCCGCGGAUGACAGCGACGGAUUGCAGGAUUCACUACAUAUUGAAUGGUGUAAGACAAGAGCUCGGCACAAUCGGUGGUUUGAAGAAAUUCAAUUGCUCUUGGAGGAAAUGCGGCGUGUUAUGGAGUUUUUAGCUUGGCAGGCCAAGUGGUGGGACGAACGGACAACAUUGCGGGUAGCCGAGCGGUCUGCAGAUGUCGAGGGCUUAGCGGCAUAUGCCAAGCGUCAGGCAGCCAUCCGUCGAUCCCUGGCCGCAAGAUUUCGGGCGUUGUGGGGCAAUGUGCCCACUUUAAUUGAUCAGUAUGCCCUCGUACUUGUACCUCGAUGA